UUCUUCUCUCUCUUUUUCUCAUCUCUAUCAUAACUUUUUUCCCUUUUCAAUCAUUCACAUUUCGUUUCUCUCUUUCUUUCCACUUUCCUCCUUUUCUUUUUUCCUCUUUUUUUUUCCUUUUUUUCUCUCUCAGUAUCCAUUUUCUCUCCCCCCACCUCCACCUCCUCCUUUCUCUUCCUCCUACUCUUCUUGAUCAUCUUCUUCCUCUUUCAUUUUCCUCUCCCCCUCCGCCUCCUCCUUCUCUUCCUCCUCCUCCUCCUUCUUUUCCAUUCUCUCAUCUUCCUCCCACUUUUUUCCUUUUCCAUCAUCAUCCAACAUUCACUACACCAAAGUAACAACAAAAUCAUCAUCAUCCUCAUCAUCCUCAUGUCAUACUCAGCAUUCACGAAAACACACACAACCACCAACAUCAAACUCUAACUACGAAAACAAAAAGUUCACCCGAACUCUAACUCUCUCUUUCUUUUCCUCUUAGAUAGAAUCUCUCUCUCUCUCUCUCUCUUUCCUCUCACUAUCUCUCAAUGCAACCAACUAUCUCUUACAAUUUUUCAUCAUCAUUUUUAUCUUCUUCUUCCUUAUCAUUAUCAUUUCCACCCACUUAUCAUCUUCCUCCUCUGCCUUCACCAUGUUAAUAAUAUACACAUAUAUUUAUAUCCUCUCUCCCCUCUUACUCUCUCUCUCUCUCUCUCUCUUCCCUCAAUAGCCUCUAUCAUCUCUUUUUCAUCUGAUUUUCCCUUGACUCGCCUUACACCCUUCAUCAUCUUCUUCAUCAUCAUCAUCAUCCUCCUUCUUUUCCUCCUCCUCCUCCUUUUUUCUUCUUCCUUCAUUAUCUCAUCUUUUUCCCUGUUAGUCAAAAGUCUCCCACUUUUUUUUCCUUUUUCAUCUUCUCUCUUUUUCUCUCUCACUUUUCUCUCUCUCUCUCAAUCUCUCACUUAUCUUCCGCCCUCUUUUUUUCUCUUCUCUGAUCUUCAUCUUCAUCAUCAUUGCUGCUUUAGCUUUUUAUCCAAGUUUUUCUUUCUUACAAACUCUCGUCUUUCCAUCUCCUUCUUCAAACUAAUUGUGAGUUUAUCUUAUUUGGAACUUUUUGUUUUUCUUUGAUAUUUUUUUUUUCUCUUUAGAAAAAACAAAUUCUCCAACUUUUCCUAGUCCCAAAUACCAUAGGGAUAUUUACCACCCAUUGGAUAUAUUCAAAGUGCUGGAAUUUACAUAUAAAAACAAUUCUAACUGUUAACAAUUAACAGUAACGCAAGAAAAUGAUUUCAGAAAGUGAUUUCUACAAUCAAACUAAUCAUCAUCACCUUCACUCUGUAAACAAACAACAACAACAACAUAGUCUUAAUAAUAACAACAAACUGUUUGGUGUUGGUCAGAAAAAAAGAUACUCAUGUGACCAAUGUUCAUAUUCAACUGACCGCCGUGACCUUUACCGAAGACAUGAAAACAUCCAUAGGGACGAGAAACCAUUUCGUUGUUACGUUUGUAAUAAGAUGUUCAAUCGAGCUGAUCAUGUAAAGAAACAUUUCCUUCGGAUUCACAAAGGACUCGAAUAUAAUGUUAAACUAAUUAAGAGGUUAAAUGGUGUUGAUUAUUCAUCAUCUUCAUCAUUAUCACCAACAUCGACAACAACAUCCUCAUCAUCAACAACAACAACAACAGUUGACAGCAAUCAAAAUGGAGGUUCCUGUUUAAAUGGUUACCUAACUGAUGGAAUUGGUCAUUUAAUUACAUCGAGUAACGUUAUUGACAAUUUACCAUCACAAUUAACAACAACCACAACCAUAACAACACCAACAACACAAUCAUCUAUCAAUGGAUUCAAUUGUUUAACUAAUUUAACAAGUAAAUCAAAUCAUCGAUCAUUAUUUAAUUCCUAUGGUUCUCAAGCUGUUUUUCCUAAAUUUAAAUCUAUUAAUCCACCUACACAAUCUAACCAACGAUCAUUGUUAACACCUGUAAAAUCACAAUUAACUCAACAAUCAAAUCAACAGCAAUCAACAACAUCAUCAUCAUCAUUACGAUCAUUACAAUUACAAUCAUCAACACCAUCACCACCAAUGGGACAACCUAAUCAACGAUCGUUGUUAACUAUGGUACAAUCAUCACAAACAAAAUCUAAAUGUAAAUCUCAAUUAUCACCAUCACCUAAACCAUUAUCAACACAAUCAAUUUCCCCAAUGAUAAUACAACAACAAUCAACACAAUUACCACCACAAACACAACCACAACCUCAAAGAUCAUUACUAAAUUUGGUACAACAUCAACAUCAACCUUCAAACUCACCAACACCACCACCACCCCAAUCAACAUCAUCCUCGCCCUCACCACCAUCACCAUCCCAACAACCACCCUCAUCGUCAUCAACAUCAUCACUAUUAUCAUCAUUAUCAUCUUUAUCAUCAUUAUCUUCAUUAUCCUCUCUGUCUUCCUCAUCACCAUCAACCUACAAUACAAAUAUUGAUAGUGAUGAUGAUACCACUAUCACCACAAUCAACAAUAACAAUCAAAUAAUAAUAGUAAUUUGUGGUAAACGAAAUUCAAAUCAGAAAUCGAUAAUUAAUCACAUGUUAAAUCACAAUGGCCUUAAACGAUCCCGUAAAUAUCCCUCCCAAUGCUUGACCCGAUCUUCGUCCUCCUCAUCGAUAUCAUCGUCCUCGAAUAUAACCCGAAAGGACCGAAGGAAACAAAGUAAACCCAAACGGGCUUCAAUUGACCCCAACGAAGUUGAACUUUGUGUCUCCUAAACAAUUAAAUUUGAAAGGGAAACAAAUUCUAAAUUAACUCACUCAUCAUGAUCAUCAUAAUUAAUUAACUAAUAUCCUUAAUUGCCAAAUUGUUUCUAAUCUAUUAGCUCUAAUCACCACUCAUAUUUAUAUGUAAUAAUUAAAACCAAGUGUAAUUAAGUGUGGGUGUUAAUGUUAAAUAUUAUAUUAUAUUGAUAAAAUAAAAUAGUAUCGUUGGAAAAUCAA